GUCUUCUUCUCAAACCAUUUUUGUAUUUUUUGCUUUAUUAUUAAGGAUGAAACAAAGAUCGAUCGUUGGUCAGAAAAAAAUUAGUUGUUGUUGAGAAAUGAAAGGAAGGGCCUACGUAAUGAUCUUCUUCUUCUGGGCACUUCUCACCAUAAUCACACCAAUGCUUGUUAGCUGGUCUCAGGCUCUCAAAGAACAAAAAAUCAAGGACUCUGGUCCAAGACGAAUGAUGGGAUAUUCAGAAAAAUUGUACUCGACAAGAGAGUUUGUUGAUCGCUUAGAAGAAGAAGAGUUGAUGAUGGAACCGUCGAUGGCCCCUACGCCUGAAGAUAUGCCUUCCAUUAAUCAAACUUUAAAGCGGAUAAUACAAGAAGAAGGACCAGCCACUAAACAUAAACAUCCUAUGAGUUUGCGAUAAUUUUUAUUGGAGAUUUUUUCUUUUGUUUACUUCCACUAUUAUCUAAAUUAACUUGUUCAUAAGCAUUUGGUUAGUUUUUGAAUACACUAAAACUAAUGUUGGCGAGUGGCGAGAGCAGUUCUUGUACAUAGGUUAAAUUUGCAUCCGUUUGGCAAAAGCCAAUGGUAAGAACAUUGCUGUUCCUAUGGUUUUUGGUAAGAAAGAUCUAGAAUAUAAUUAUUCUGUAAUCAUUCCUAUUUUUCCUAAUGUGUUUAACACUUAGAGAGGUGCCUA